AUGGCAGCAGUGGAGCCUAUAGCAAUCAUUGGAAGUGCCUGUCGUUUCCCUGGCGAUUGUGAUACACCGUCAAAGCUUUGGGAGCUUCUCAAAUCCCCGCGAGAUCUCCUUCGCCAGGUCCCGCCAGACCGGUAUAAUGCUGAUGCCUUUUACCACCCAGACCCCAAUCAUCACGGGACAACGAACGUGCGCCAGUCAUACUUCCUGAAUGAGAACCCUACUUUGUUUGACAAUGGAUUCUUUAAUAUCCCCGCUAGUGAAGCUGAGGCAAUCGACCCCCAACAGAGGAUGCUUAUGGAGACAGUGUACGAUUCUCUAUGUACCGCUGGACAGACGAUUGAAGGGCUUCGAGGGUCGUCUACUGCUGUAUACGUCGGCGUGAUGUGCGACGAUUGGAGCACUAUAGUUACAAAAGAUCUGGAGGUAUUUCCAAAGUAUGGAGCCACAGGUAUCUCCCGCAGUAUUAUCUCAAACCGGGUUUCAUACUUUUUUGAUUGGCAUGGGCCGUGUAUGACUAUCGAUACUGCGUGCUCCUCUAGCCUUGUUGCUGUUCACCUGGCUAUCCAAACUCUGCGUAGCGGCGAGUCGGAUGUUGCCAUUGCUGCAGGAGCAAACCUAAUUCUUACUCCAGGGAUGUAUGUUGCGGAGAGUAAGCUGUCAAUGCUCUCUGCCUCCGGAAGAUCCAGGAUGUGGGAUAAGGAUGUUGACGGGUACGCACGUGGAGAGGGUAUUGCAUCUGUCGUCCUGAAGCCUCUUAGUGCUGCAAUCCGAGACAAUGACCAUAUUGAGUGUAUUAUUCGUGGGACUGGUGUAAACCAGGAUGGACGAACCCCGGGGUUAACCAUGCCAAGUGCAACUGCUCAAGCAGCCCUUAUUCAAAGCACCUAUGCUCGUGCUGGACUCGAUAUCAACAAACCAGAAGAUCGACCCCAGUUUUUUCAUGCACAUGGUACGGGAACUCCGGCUGGUGACCCUAAGGAAGCUGAAGCAAUUUUUCGCGCAUUCUAUGCAACUGAUACCUGCAACGAUACACUGUUCGUUGGCUCAAUAAAAACUGUGGUCGGUCAUACCGAAGGGACUGCGGGACUCGCUAGUUUGAUUAGUACUUCUCUGGCCCUUCAGAACGGAAUUAUCCCCCCCAACAUGCAUUUUGAUACCUUGAACCCCCAGCUUGCACCAUUCUACCAUAACUUAAAGGUCCCCACUUGCGCUCAGACUUGGCCCCGAACACACGCAGACCAGCCUCGUCGAGCAAGCAUAAAUAGUUUUGGUUUUGGUGGCACCAAUGCUCAUGCAAUUCUCGAAGCCUACGAACCAAAACCAACUUUAGCUGUGGAAGGCCCUUUGUUUACCCCUUUAACGUUCUCUGCCUCAUCCGAAGUGUCCCUACGUUCCCUAUUGUCAAGUUACGAUAAGUAUCUGAGAUCUAACCAGCAGGAAUCCUUGCAUGAUCUUGCUUAUUCUCUGCAGUCACGGCGCUCUACCUUACCAUACAGGGUAGCAAUCGCCGCCUUAACGACGGAAGAUGCUCGCUCUCAGAUAGAUGCGAUAGUGAGUGGUGAAAAGGAGAGCUCUAUGGGUGUACGACACUCUUCCAAGACAUCCCCGAAGAUCUUGGGUGUAUUCACCGGUCAAGGCGCACAGUGGCCACGAAUGGGCGCAAGAUUGCUAGAGGGCUCUUCCUACGUGGCCAGGCGGUUUGCCGAGCUUGAUCAAGCGCUGUCAGAGCUACCUCCCGACGUACGCCCCGCUUGGACUUUGCAAGAAAUGGUGCUUGCGGAUAUAAACUCAUCAAGAGUAUCUGAGGCGGAGAUCUCCCAGCCUCUUUGCACCGCGGUUCAGAUUGUUCUUGUCGACCUACUUCGACUAGCAGGCAUUACUCUACACGCGGUAGUUGGUCACUCCUCUGGCGAGAUUGGAGCUGCGUAUGCUGCCGGAUUCCUCACAGCACACGACGCUAUUAGGAUCGCCUAUUACAGGGGUGUUUAUACAAAACUUGCGAAAUCGCCAAAUGGCGGCAAGGGCGCUAUGAUGGCUGCUGGGACAACCUUUACGGAUGCAUCUGAACUUUGUGAACUCGAUUCCUUUAAAGGCAGAAUCCAGGUAGCUGCCCGAAACUCACCGCUAAGCAUUACUCUGUCUGGUGAUGAAGAUGCCAUUAUCGAGGCCAUCAACGUCUUCAAAGACGAGGAUAAAUUUGCACGACGACUUAAUGUGGACACUGCUUAUCAUUCCUCCCACAUUUUGCCAUGCUCAGGUGCAUAUCUUACAGCCAUGGAUGAAUGUGGAGUCCAUUAUACAAGUCCGUCUGGACCCAAUUGGUAUUCUAGUGUGCGAGAAGGGAAGGUUAUGGCCAUAGGUGACAUCGAUUCACAGUACUGGGUUGAUAACAUGAUCAGUCCUGUCCUUUUUUACCCAGCACUGGUGCAAGCUGCAGCAAGUAGCGGGCCCUUCGACUUAGUUGUUGAAAUUGGUCCACACCCUGCGCUUAAAUCCCCUUGCCUUGAUACUUUGGAGGAGGUAACUGGAGAGCGUCUGCCGUAUGUGGGCCUUCUUAGUCGAACAAAAGACGACAUACAUGUGUUGUCCAGCGCGUUUGGGUCUAUUUGGUCUUACCUUGGAGCUGGCACCGUUUCUUUCGACGCAUUCAACCGAGCCAUGUCGCCAUCGCCAGAUCCUCGACGGUUCCUCCGCAACCUACCCCAAUACCCAUUUGACCGUAGGCGCUUUAUGUCGCUCUCUCGAUUGUCCGGUUUAUACAACAGCCUUCAAGAUCCACCCCAUCCUUUGUUGGGUAGGCGAUGCCAGGAUCGUGAAACUUCUCAGAGUAUCCAGUGGCGCAAUAUCUUACAUCCAAAGGAAAUUUCGUGGCUGGCUGGCCAUAAAAUCCAAGGUCAGAUAGUCUUCCCUGCCACCGGCUAUAUUGCAAUGGCAGUGGAAGCGAUAGCCAUCCUGGCCCGCGGCUCGAGUAUUGGCCUUAUCACAAUAGAGGACUUCGAUAUCAGCCGAGCAAUGGCAUUUAAUGAUGAUGGCGCAAGUGUCGAAAUUGUAUUCGGCGUCAAUAUUCUCAGCCAAACAAGUGAUGAAAUAUAUACCCAGUUCUCCUGUCAUUCCGGUGGACCUCGUGAUAAUGGGUCAGCAAUGGCUCUCAAUGCCAAUGGUAAAGCAAAAGUCUUGCUUGAAAAUCAAAGCUUUGACAGGCUCCCAAAAAUUGAAGUGAACCGCGAUGAUAUCAGAGACGUCGCAGUUGACAGAUUCUAUGAGUCUCUUAACCGACUCGGGUAUAAUUACUCGUCACCUUUCCGUGGAAUCAACAGCAUACAACGUAAAGCGGACUAUGCAAUAGGCACACUUGAAAAUCAGAGCAAUUCUGAAUGGGAGGACCAACUUAUAGUUCACCCAGGAAUGCUAGAUACUGCUCUGCAAUCCACUUUUGCUGCAUAUUGCUGUCCUGGUGACGAGCGUAUGUGGGCCUUGCAUGUUCCUACAAAUUUCCGACGUAUAGUUAUCAAUCCACAUUUCACGUUGUUAGGUAUCGGGAUGCCAACUAUACUGCAGUAUGAGGCUUUCGCGAAAUCGUAUGCGAAUGGGAGCAUCUUUACCGAGCUGAACUUAUUGACGAACUCAAGCAGUCGCUUGUUUCUACACAUUGAAGACAUGAGGCUUGUUCCUCUUUCCCCUGCGGUCCCAGCUAAUGAUAUCGUACUAUUUUCGAGAUUUGACUACCAAGCUGCCCUCCCGGACGGCGACCUAGUAGCAGCAGACUAUGGAUACAAACCCAAGGAUAUCGAGGUUGCACUGGACUGUGGCCGGAUCGCCUUUUACUACCUGCGCCAGCUGAUAGAUACUAUUACAGUGGAAGAGAAGGCAAAGACUCUACCGCAUUACCGACAUUUACUUGAUUGGGCAGAAUACGUCGUACCGCAAGUCAUGAGGGGCGAAAACUCACAAACACCACAGAGUGCUGUAUAUGACACGAAGGCCAACAUUGACACCCUUCUGCGAAGGCACUACGAAUGUAGCGAUGUCCGCCUCCUAGAAUCUGUUGGAGAGAAUCUUCCACAAGCUAUUCGUGAGAGGUCUAACAUUCUCGAACAUAUGACGAAGGAUGGGAUGCUCGAUAGCGUCUAUGAGGACGGGUUUGGUCUUAACAUCGUGAACGAGUAUAUUGCCCGCAUGGUGUCCCAGAUAACUCAUCGGUACCCGCGAAUGAACAUUCUCGAAAUAGGUGCUGGAACUGGUGGUUCGACUAGAAGGAUACUUCCUCGCUUAGGCUCUGCGUUCUCAACAUAUACCUACACCGAUAUCUCCGCCGGAUUUUUCGGUGCAGCUCAGGAUCGCUUCAAAGAUUAUGCCGAUCGGAUGAUUUUCAAGACAUUUGACAUGACCAAGACUCCUGCCUCUCAGGGAUUUAUUGAAGGGUCCUAUGAUCUUGUUAUCGCGUCCAAUGUCCUACACGCUACUCAAGAUCUGGAAAAUAUGAUGAACAAUGUGCGGAACUUCCUCAAGCCAGGGGGGUAUCUUAUCAUCCUCGAGACGGUUAGCAAUGAAUCGCUCAGGGUUGGCCUACCCAUGGGCAGUCUGCCUGGAUGGUGGCUCGGCAUUGACAGCGGACGGCGUUGGGGUCCUACUCUGACUCUCCCGCAAUGGGACUCUUUGUUGCGGAAGUCCGGUUUUGGUGGCAUUGAUACAGAGACCCCCACGGUUCAUAAGCUCCUUCCAGGACACGUAUUUUGUUCCCAGGCUCUUGAUGACCGGAUCGGAAUGCUUCGAUCGCCGCUUACGGACAGUUCCAAGUUCCCCGCCACACGUAGCUCUACGCGACUUGUGAUUAUUGGUGGUAAAACGCUGCGUGUCCAUAGGAUUUGCGAGCAAAUCUCUUCUAUACUUGCCCCAAGAUUCUCUGAAGCUGUCCGUAUGGAGUCUAUUGAGGCCUUUCACAGUGAGGGACUGGCCGAAUCUAGUACUAUCUUGUGUCUCACAGAGCUAGAUGAGCCCUUGUUCACUGCAAUGACCCCCACAAAACUUGAUGCUAUGAAGAUUCUCUGGCGUCAGAGUGGAAAUAUUCUCUGGGUUACUACUGGGGCCAGAGCAGAAAACCCUCACUGCUAUAUGACUGUUGGUCUCGGCCGUUGCAUGAGAUUUGAAUACCCUAAUAUUACGCUUCAGAUGCUGGACAUCGAUGUCAUAAACCGUCAUACCCCACAACUUAUAGCGGAAAAUCUGAUUCGCCUUGGACUUCUUAAAAAAUGGUCAAAACAACUUCGGCCAGGAGAUAUGCUCUGGUCCGUGGAACCGGAGUUCUAUAUUGAAAACGACAUGAUUCUAAUUCCAAGGCUAUACCCAUAUGAAGAAGGAAAUAGACGUUAUAAUGCUUCUCGUCGCACUGUAAAUGAAUCUGUUAACCCGCAAGAAGCUAAAAUUAUCUUUACAGCCGAUAGUGGAUCAUGGGAGGCACAGUACGCGUCUCCUCUACAUAUCCCCACCCCACUCCCUUUCUGUACCGAGACGAGGAAUAUCCGUAUCACACAGUUCUUGCUUUCCACGGUCAGAGUACUUCCAGGGUGUAACUUAAUGCUCUGCCUGGGAAUUGAUACAGCCUCUAAAGAAAAAGUCCUGGCUGCUACACAUAUUACUGAAUCGCCAGUGACUAUACCGACAGCCUGGACCAUUCCUAUUGACAAUGCCAACCCAGUCCAGACACUCGGAGUGGCUGCAUCACGUAUGGUGGCAUCCAACAUUAUGAAACUUAUAACCAAGGGAGAGAGCCUUGUCAUUCACAACCCUCAUCCUUUAGUUGCAAAGGCUUUGAAGGAGAUUAUGACUGGCGUAUCAGUCUCAGUGACUUUCACAACUUCUAAUCAGAGCAUAGUACAGCCAGGAUGGCAUCAUAUCUAUAAAGGCCUCCCAAAACGUCAUAUCAGGGAGCUGUUGCCUUCUUCUGCCACAAAAUUUAUAGAUUUUUCUUCGGCAACAGGAGAAUCUAGCAUUGGGAGCCUCAUUGUUGAUUGUCUACCCCGCUACAGUGAAGUUGUGGAUAGUAAAUAUCAUCUUGGGGCCAAUACAGAAUUUCAGCCAUGGAUCUCUUUGGAAGAGGUCUCUUACGUCUUGAAGCAAGCUUUUCUAGAUAUCAAAAUGUCCGACGACGACAAAAUGGCUUUACCAAUAGUACAAACCCAGGAUAUUUCCUACCAAACUGCAGCCUUGGGUCAGUUUUCUAUUGCGGAUUGCUCUGGCUCUUCACUUGACACUGUGGUUCGCCCAAUUGAUGAAGGCAAUAUCUUCCGUCAUAAUAUGACCUAUUUCUUAGUUGGUCUCUCUGGCGAGAUUGGCCAGUCGCUCUGUAGAUGGAUGGUCACCCAUGGAGCGAGAUAUGUUGUUCUUACUAGCCGACGGCCAAAAGUUAGUAAGUCUUUCAUGCAAGAAAUGGCGCAGCUGGGGGCGGAUGUCAUGGUUUCUCCAAUGGAUAUAACUAGCCGUGAGUCUCUUCAUACAUGCUAUGAGAGCAUUAAGAAGUCUAUGCCUCCAAUAGCGGGCGUUGCGAAUGGAGCAAUGGUUCUUAAGGAUUCUCUAUUCGAUAAGAUGUCCUACGAAGAUUUUAACCAGGCAUUGAGGCCCAAAGUCAUUGGAUCAAAGCUAUUGGAUGAACUUUUCUAUGAUUCACCGCUCGACUUUUUCAUAUGUUUCUCCUCACUGACGGGUGUUGUGGGCAACAGUGGGCAGAGUAACUAUACAGCGGGAAACAUGUUUAUGACUGCUCUCACAGCACAGCGGAAGAAGCGUGGCGUCGCAGCGUCAUGUAUCGACAUUAGCUCUGUCAUAGGAAUCGGCUAUGUGGAAAGAUCCGACGAUCUUAGCGAGGAUACCUUUACUAAGAUGGGAUAUCGACCUAUCUCCGAGCAAGAUUUGCAAUUAUUGUUUGCUGAAGCCAUUAUCUUGGGUCGACCGGAUUUUUCAGGAGUAUGCGAACUUACCACUGGAGUUUCGCCAAUUUACACGGAUAUCCAGGCUAAGGAUCAAUACCUUAAAGAUGUCAAGUUCGGGCAUUUUAUGAUGGAGCGUGUGAAUAAGCGUGAACAGAUGGACAAUUCUUUGUCUCUACCUGUAAGAGUUCAGCUUGCAGAGCUCAAAUCUAAGGUAGACGCCGCUUUGGUGAUCAAAAAUUCAUUCAUUACCCAAUUAAGACGUAUCUUGGCUAUUCCUCCGAGCGAUACGAUCAACGAGCAGGUAACUCUUGUUGAACAGGGAGUGGACUCUCUAAUGGCUGUUGAGAUACGUUCUUGGUUCAUCAAAGAGUUGGAAGUGGAUAUCCCUGUUCUCAAAAUCCUGGGUGGCAGCUCGAUUUCUGAUCUGCUAGAAGAAGCAAUCGAUUCAUUACCAGCUCCCAUUGCAUCUUUAUUAGCCGUUGAAGCUGGCGAAGGCUCCGAUCGACCGGCGAUGACGUCCACCCUUUCUACGGAUUAUAAUAGUCUGGAGAAGGAUUGCACGAGCUACACUUCCACACCAAGUUCGACCACUGGCGAGAGGCAAAUCGCUACGCCGUACACCUCGACCACGCCUGAAAAAAGCAGCCCGGGUACACCAAUGAAACCUUGGGAUAUUUCCCCUGAUUCUAUUCCAUUAACACAACAGAAGCCCCUGAAGUCUAAGGAUAAUGGUCUUGGAGCAAGUUUCAACCCACCCGGGCCACCUGCAAAUCAAGUGGUAUGCGAUAUGUCAUUUGGGCAAGCCGGGUUCUGGUUCUUAAGCGAGUACCUCGCUAACAAGAAAGCGUCCAACAUGGCUGUAAUGUUAAAACUUACAGGGCCCAUUUCUGUCAAAUCUCUUGAGGCGGCCGUACACGCAAUUGGAAAUCGCCAUGAAAUUCUCCGAACUAGAUUUUCUUGGUCUGGUGAAGGCGAUGGAAGAAUGCCUAUGCAAGUAAUCGAGACAACUUCAGCAAUGAGAUUGACCACAAAGCCCAUUUCCUCGGAAUCAGACGCGAAUGCGGAACUGCAAAAUACCCAUAACGAGACAUGGGACCUAACCAGUGGUGACGUGAUAAGGAUAUCAUUGCUCACUUUAUCAGAUCAAGUGCAUUUCUUAAUAGUUGGAAUGCAUCAUAUCUUCAUGGAUGGCUACAGUUUCAGUGUUUUCUUCAAGGACCUUGAAGCUGCUUAUCGCUCGGAGACCUUAGCCCCUGUUGCUCCGGAGUCCCAGUAUCGUCAUUUCGCAGCGAAACAAAGGCAGCUAUACGAAACUGGAGCAUUCAACAAGGCAAUUGCGCAUUAUCGUAAAACAUUUGCUAUUGAUCUAAAGCCCAUUGAGUUACUCCCCUUUGCCAAAUCAAAAACAAGGCAGGCUGUGAGCAAUUACACUCAACACGAAGCGACUAUCAGUAUUGGAGCUACCCUUGCGGCUAAAUUACGGCGGUUUGCACGCCAAAGCAAUGCCACAACUUUUCAUGUCUAUCUAGGCGCACUGCAAGCUCUUUUAUUCCGACUUCUUCCAACCACCGACGACAUAUUCAUUGGAAUUGCAGAUGCCGGCCGCCUGGAUAAAAACUUCAUGAGCAGCGUUGGGCUUUUUCUGAAUCUGCUUCCGCUUCACUUCCACCGCGAUAGACCCGGCACUUUAAUUUCCUCAGCCAUCCAGUCAGCACGUAGUGUGACUUAUUCUGCUUUACAAUACUCGCAGCUGCCGUUUGAUGUUCUUCUAAGAGAGCUCAACGUGCCACGAUCAAACGCGUAUACACCCAUAUUCCAGGUGUUCAUGGAUUACAGGCAGGUUGUACAGGACCGAUCCACCUGGUGUGGUUGUAAGAUCGAUGGUGAGAAUUGGUGCAGCGCGAGCACGGGAUACGAUAUAGCCCUAGAGAUCACAGAGAAGGUAAACGGCGAAACCUCGCUCACACUACGGCUUCAGGAUGCCUUAUACAGCGAUGAAAACACUCAGUUAUUGCUCCGCUCCUAUACCAAUGCACUUGAGUUCAUGGUUGACGCAGGCGAUAAAGAUGUUGACGACAUCCCGGCCUGGUCUCCGCAUGAUACCCAGGCAGCCCUGGAAGCAGGCAAAGCACCUGUUUUCCAAGCAAAGUGGCCACAAACGAUUGUCCACCGUAUUGAGAGCAUGAUCAGACUCCACGGCUCCAGGGUGGCUUUAAAGGAUGGAAAUGGAAACACCCUAAACUACGAACAAAUGAGUGCCCGUGUCGAUACAAUAUGCAAUGCUCUUCAAGUCUUUAAAAUGAAAAAAGGGAGCAUAGUUGGUGUAUUCCAGGAGCCAUCCACGGAUUGGAUCUGUUCUAUGCUGGCCAUUUUCAAGGUCGGCGCUGUGUACGUGCCACUUGACUUACGAAACUCCAUUCCUCGUCUUGCAGCUAUUACCAGAGCUGCCCGGCCCAUCCUGAUUCUUACGGACAAUACCACAACAUCAAAGGUCCAGCUUAUUGAUGCCGGUAAUGUUAGUGAAGUGCGAGUUUCUAGCUUGGGACACCAUGGAACUAAACACCAGGCAAAUGAGGCCGAACCUAACGCGCAAGCAAUGAUCCUGUUCACGAGCGGGUCUACUGGGGAACCAAAAGGCCUUCUCAUAACACAUGCGAAUAUUGUAGCAUCUAUCGAAGCUUCAAGCCGCAUUUUUGCAGCAGCCAAUGAUACCUUUGUUGUCUUGCAGCAGAGCCCUUUUAGCUUUGAUUGCUCUCUUGAUCAAAUUUUCUCUGCUUUGGCAAAUGGAGGAUGUCUGUACGUUGUACCUGAUCGUAGUAGGGGUGACCCUAUUGGGAUUAGCCAAAUAAUGCUGGACGAGGGUGUAACCAACACGACUGCCACGCCUUCCGAGUAUGAUAUGUGGUUACGGUAUGGCUCGGAACUUCUGAAACAUUGUACCUCCUGGAGAUACGCCUUCUCAGGCGGCGAGGCCAUGAGUGUCAGUCUUGCUCGCGGGUUUGCAGCUUUAAGUCUAUCUGGCCUUCGCCUUUAUAACGGCUAUGGGCCUGCCGAGACAACAAUAUACUCGACCAAGGGCGAGUUGGAAUACACAGGCUUACACCUCCAGGAUCCAUUGCCUGCAGGCUUCAUGCUACCCGGCUUCUCAGUUUGCAUAACUGAUUCCAAUGCGAGACCAGUACCGCUCGGCGUGCCUGGAGAAAUCGUCAUCGGUGGCCCCUGUGUUAUUUCCGGCUACCUUGAUAAUGAAGGUUCAACAAAGCAAAAGUUUGUUUCCGACGAUUACUUUGAGACCUCUAGCAAAGUCUAUCGCACGGGCGAUCGUGGUCGUCUCCUUGUAGAUGGGACCUUGUUUUGUGACGGUCGACUUGAGGGCGACACUCAGAUAAAGUUGCGUGGCUUUCGCAUAGAGCUGAUGGAAAUCGAAACUGCCCUGAUACGACAUUCCGGUGGUGCCCUUUCUCAUGCUGUCGUUACUCUACGAGGUUCUGGUGAAAGCCGCUUCCUAGCAGCACAUGUUGUGUUCUCGGCUGAGUACUCAGAAGAUGGACGAGCUGAGAUGAUCAAAUAUCUUCGCCAUAGCCUUCCUCUGCCUCAGUAUAUGCAACCUUCUAUUAUUACUAUACUAGAUGAUAUUCCAAGAACGUCCCAUCAUAAAAUUGACAGAAAGGCCAUCCAGAUAAUGCCUCUACCCAGCCUUCAGGAGAACAUAGGGCAUUCGGAAAAUCUUCGAGAUGUGGAACAAAAGUUAAGCGGUCUUUGGCGUGAAAUUAUUCCAGUUAAUCCUGGACCACUUGACGCGGAAUCGGAUUUUUUCCAAGUUGGAGGUGACUCAAUUCUCCUCGUGAAAUUGCAGGCGUUAAUACGGGAGGAGUUCCUAGCUUCGCCAAAACUUGUGACUUUGAUGGCAGCCACUACCCUUGGUGCCAUGGCAACGGUUAUUGAAAACAGCUGCCCAGGCGGGCUGAUUGACUGGAAGAUUGAGACACAACUUCCAGAGCCUUUUCAAAAAGCAAAAACUGAGGUAUCGAAAUGGGAGCCCAGAAACAGUACAUUCACCAUUCUAUUGACUGGAGCCACGGGAUACUUAGGGCGUCACCUAUUGUCGGUCCUUGCGAAUGAUCCAAAGAUUACUGAGAUUGUGUCACUUGUUCGCCACAUAGAUAACGAAAUACCCGACAUCGAUCAAGGAAGCAGCAAAGUGAGACUUAUUCAAGCCGACGUAUCAAAACCGGGGCUGGGCAUUUCAGAUGACGAAUACAGUGCCCUUGCGGAAAAAUUAGACAUAAUCUUUCAUUGCGCUGCGAACAGGUCAUUCUGGGACAGGUAUGAGGUGCUUCGACCAGACAACUUUGACUCUGUUAAAGGAAUGGUGCGGUUGGCAGCGAGACGCUCGAUUCCUUUGCAUGUCAUGUCAUCUGGUGGCGUUGCAUUGUAUACUAACACUAAUACUCAACCACCGCGCGACGGUAGUGACGGUUAUGUGUCUACAAAAUGGGCUGCUGAAGCUUUUCUUCAGCGGGCUGCCCCUGCCUUGGAACUCCCUGUCUAUAUUCACCGACCAGUUGGCGUACCGGGAGAGCCCACUCUUGAUAACGAAGCAUUCAAAUCUACAGUACUCCAACAACUAACAGAAAUUUCCCGCAAACUUGGUACACGGCCCUCUUUUGAAAGCGUCAGAGGCUCAGUUGAUAUCUUACCAGUUGAUAGAAUUGUAUUUGCAAUUCACCAAGCCGUCAUCUUGAGCACAACGGCCCCUUCACAUCAUGCUGAUAACAACAAUUUUGUGCAAAUUAUCGAGCACGAAGCAACGUUAAGGAUUUUUGUCGAAGACUUUAAAUCGCACAUACAGAAGGACCAUCAUCUAUACAGUCUACCCAGCAUGCCAAUUCUAGAGUGGUUUGGGAAAGCUAAAUUGGCUGGGUUUGGAUUCUUCAUUGCAGCACAGGAUUUGUUGCUUGGUCGUGCAGACGGGAUGCUGGUUUCCAGGCGUUGA